GUCGUCUCUAUGGUGGCGGCGGAUUCGGAGGGACUUGAGGAUCGCGGCGUCUGGCAAGGCGCACUUGAGGGUUGGGUGUGGGUUGCAGGUGUGACCUCUGACCUUGGCGUGGGCCUUCAGGUAGCCAAGCUGUGGGAGGAAGGGUUGGAGACCACAUUCUGCCUUUUUAGCUGAGACGUUCGGUGCUACCAGGAUGUUCCGCCGCGAGCGCUCCAUCCCACUUCGUGGCUCUGCCGCCGCCCUGUCUAACAACCUCAGUGUACUGCAGCUUCCAGCCCGUGAUCUCACGCAUUUUGGGGUGGUUCAUGGACCGAGCGCCCAGCUUCUCAGCGCUGCCCCUGAGGGUGUGCCCUUGGCCCAGCGCCAGCUCCACGUUAAAGAGGGCGCUGGAGUGAGUCCCCCACUUAUCACUCAGGUCCACUGGUGUGUCCUCCCCUUCAGAGUACUGCUGGUCCUCACCUCACACCGAGGGAUACAGAUGUACGAGUCUGACGGCUCCGUCAUGGUUUACUGGCAUGCCUUGGACUCAGGAGAUGCUUCUUCAGUACAGGCUAUGUUUGCCCGAGGAAUUGCUGCCAGCGUCCACUUCAUCUGUGUGGGAACGUGGUCUGGUCGGAUACUGGUCUUUGAUAUCCCCGCUAAGGGUCCCAAUAUUGUACUCAACGAGGAACUAGCUGGGCACCAGACACCAAUCACAGAUAUCGCCACUGAGCGUGCCCAGGGACAGGAUGGUGUUGCUGACAUGGUGACAGCAGAUGACUCAGGUGUCCUGUGUGUCUGGAGGUCAGGACCUGAGUUCACCUUACUGACCCGAAUAGCAGGAUUCGGGGUCCCGUGCCCCUCUGUGCAGCUGUGGCAGGGGAUCGUAGCAGCAGGCUAUGGAAAUGGACAAGUGCGUCUGUAUGACGCUGGCACAGGAGCCCUCCACAUCCAGAUCAGUGCCCACGCCCGGACCAUCUCUGCCCUGGACCUAGCUCCAGAGGUGGGCAAGCUGCUGUCUGCAGCUGAGGAUACCUUUGUACACAUCUGGAAGCUGAACAGAAACCCAGAGAGUGGCUCCAUUGAGGUGGAACACUGCCAUGGCGAAUGCAUUUCUGACACGCAGGUGUGCGGUGCUCGGUUCUGUGACCCAGGGGGCAGCUCCUUUGCUGUGACAGGCUAUGACCUUGCUGAGAUCCUGAGAUUUGGCAGUGUCUGAGAGUGGAGCAGCGGUCCCUUCUCCCUUGAUAUUUAUAAAGUAUUCCCUCCACCAAGCCCUUGUCUGAUCACUCAGCAUCACAGCCACACCUCUAAACAUCAAGGGGACAGGUUCAGAGCACGCAGAAGCCACUGGUCCUCAGAGACCAUGUCCUCAAAGACCAAGUGAAGGCUUCGAGCUGUUAAAUAACUUUUAAUGGUUGAUGUAGGGGUCACAAGGGAGGUGCUUUCCUCUCCGCUCUCCAGUGCAGCCCUGGAGGCUGGUUAGUGUAGGGAGGUAGGGCAGAGUUGUUCCAGUUUUCUCCCAGGAAGCGCUUGGGGGGGGGGGUCCUAGCCAGCUCCGGGAAUGGUCCCCUCAGUACCAUCUAACCACAACUUAAGAAGGGUUUGUGUCACCCCUCCCCAGCCUUCUGUCCUUGUCCAGUGGAGGAAGAGGAGCCCAAGCUGGCCAGCUGGCCCUAGAGUCCAGUUGUCCUUGGGUCAUUUUCUCUCUUGGCCAUCCUCUUGCUGGUGCCUCUCACACUGGGGACUGGAGCCAUGUGCUGAGCUGACUUUUGCUGUAGAAACCUCUGGAUUGUGGGGAUCGCUGUGGGGGAAGGGGUGCAACCGAGCGAGAAGGCCCAAGGGAGUGGUCUGCAGGGACAGCAUCCAGGGAAAAGGUGCGGGGUCUUCCCCAGGGCAGGGGUUGCGUCCAGGUUGGGACUGAGGCAGGCGAGCAGGAGCUACGCAAGGCAGGCUGGUCGGUAAACAUUGCUAGCCAGGGUGGGGGCGGCUCCAGCCUUGUGCCCUCCCGCUGGGCCAGGAUGUCUGUCACUGCUGCGAUGUCCUCUAGUGGCUCAAUGGCUGUGGCAGCAGGGAGGGGGGAAGGGGAGGGGGCUAGUCAGAGCUCAAGCCCUGCCUGCUCAGCCCUGCCUGUCACCUGUCACUGUAAUAGGAAGAAAGCAAGGCCCGGAUCUCAGCCGAGAUGGCAUUAUUCUGCAGGAGCAGCCCCUCACAGGGACCUCCCGAGGCCACGGGCUCUGAUAAGACUGUGACAAUAGGGGUGGGGGGUAGCAGAAGUGGGUAAAGAAACCAAGAAGAAAGGAGAGAAAGCAGUGCCGGGCAAGUGAGGUCAGAAGAGGAGACAGGAGUCCACAUGCAUGGAGGGAAACAGAAAGGAAGGAUUAGGAUAGAUGGCAGAAAAUGACUCCGGCUCUUUGGGGUUUGUUCUAAACUUGGGUGGAAAUGGUUUUAAGAAUUGGAGAGAAAGGGGGAAUACAGUAGGGCUGAGUGGGCCCUGGCCCCCAUGGUGUGCUUUCUCUCUGGUUCUAUUACCCAGGAUCCCUUGAGGUCCCCACCCUACUUUCCAUCAGCCUCCCUCCGACCCUCCUCUCACUCACCCAUCUCGUGGUAUAAGGACCCCUGCUUGGCCAGUGCUUGGGGUGGUUUCCGGGGAGCAGGAGUUUCGAUCUUCAUAACUUCAUCACAACAGUGUUUCCACUGGCCUGCGAGGAGGGGAGGGUAGGAGGAGAAGAGAGGAGAGGACCAGACCCAUGCAGGAGCUGCCUGCUUCCUGUCACAUUGCCCUGCCCUGCCACAGCAAUCCCAGAAGUCCUGCCCGGCUCUUUCUUACUCAUGUCAAGGAACAGCUGCCACAGCGCCUCCAUCCAGCUCUGCAGGGCAUCCCUGCUCUGCACCUGGAGCGUGUUUGUCACCUCAUCAUCUCCAUACCGGUUGCUGAUACUGAGGGUGAAAGGCCACUCCGGGGCCUGCUCCAACUCCCCUGCCCGGACCCUAGUCUCCUGCAGGGGGAAAGCAAGGGGCUGCCUUCACCUCUACCCAUCAGCCCUGCCUAGAAGUACCUGUGGGACUUCUGUUGGCCCUUCAUUUUCCUCCUGCUAUCUCUAGUAUGGCGGUGGGGCAGACAGAGUGGUGGGGAUAAAGGGCCUGUGCUAAGACAAGUAAGGAGGAGCAGGCAGAGACAGGAAGGGGGGACAGAGCAAGGCAGGGGGAAAGGGGAGGAUAGGAAAGGGGAGGUCCAGAGGUGGGCAAGAAACCCAGGUCCAGGUUCAAGCUGCCUGCUCAGUACAUCCAAAACACAGGCAGGGGUCUGAGGUGCGGUGCUGUGGUAGGGCACUUGCCCAAAGCACUGGAGGAGAAACUACCUGACCCAACACAAAGGCCUCUAGGGUUCGGAAGGGACUGGGGAUGCUGAGUGAACAGGAUGGCUUUCUUAGUGUUAUUUGGGGUAGGAAGAUGUGGGGAGGAGGUCCCCAGGCCCUGUCCUGUGCUGGAGCUUAGUGAUCUGAGGAACAGAGUCCACCUUUCUCGUCUCUGAGGACUGGGCCCAACCCUCCAGAGCCUUGAGAAAGAGGUGACCAGGACAGGCACCAGGUAGCCUCACUUCCAAGGGUGUGGUCACCUUGUUGAUGAGGAUAGUGAACAGUGGCUCCUGCCCAGAAUCUGCAUCCUCAGAUCUCCAGUAGCAAAAGAGGUUUGUGCCUUUCAGGACUCCAUGUACAAGUGUCCCACUCUGGAGCUCCCCGGCUUGCUGCAUAAACAACUUGGUGUUUUCUGGGGAGUUGAGCCUCCCCACCCGGGCACCUUCCUCCCAGUCCCCACUGACCCCACGCCCCCAAUACUCACCCUGCUGUCUUCCCAUCCCACUUUGUCCCCCCAGGUCCAGAUUUUUAGAUUGUCCAUCUAUUUCCAUGCCAUUAGGACCCCUCACCUGCACCCUGAGGGUACCACUUGCAGUAGGCUGAGUCAUGCAGAGAGGCUGAGCCACCAGGCGGCAACACAUGCUACCAUAAAGGGGCAGCCAGGCAGGGUUCUCCUCUGGGGAGGAGAAAGUACCGGGUGAGGAUUGGACAUGAGAAGGGGACUACCCUACGACCCCUCCUAUCGGUGCCAGUGUCCUGGACAGACAGACAGACAGACAGACAGACAGACAGACAGACACGAACACACACACACGUGUUCAUACCAUGACUGGUGAGAGUGAGGUCAUGUGUACGGAAUCCAUCUUGCACUGCCGCUAGAGUGAGAGUGGUGUGGGCCAAGAGGUGGUAUCGAGGACCUCUGGAGGGAGAAGGGACAUCAGUGGAGUGGUGUGUGUGGCAGGAAGGCACUGCAAGGCUGGCUCAGGCUGUGCCAUUGCUGGGCUACCAUGGAAACU